GAGGAUGUGCAGGGGGAUAUGUUAUGUGCACUUUUGUUGCCAACCAACACCACAGGUGCAGAACUAUUCAAGACUUUGAUUACAUAUCAGAAAAACGGAAUUGGUCAUUUUGUGUCGGCAUAUGCACAGACAGAGUGGCUGGUAUGACUGGAUGGCUUUCUGGUUUCACUACUCAAGUCAAAGAGGUCACUUCUGAAUGUGAGUCUAUGCACUGUGUCAUCUACAGAGAAAUGCCGGGUAGCCGAAAAUUGUCACCUGAACUUAAGGUUUUACAGGAUGUGAUUAAAAUUAUCAAUGACAUUAAAGUGCAUGCCCUUAACUCAAUGUCUGUUUGCGCAACUCUGUGAGAUGUGUAUAAGAAAUGAGAUGGCUUUCUAAAGGUAGAAAACUGGCCAGAAUUUUUGAGUUAUGAGAGCCACUCCAGAGAUUUCUUUUACAAAAACAGUCACCACUAGCAGCACAUUUCAGUGACGUAGAAUGGGUGGCAAAACUUGUUUACUUGUGUGACACAUUCAACCUGCUCAACAAAUUCAAUCUGUCACUUCAGGGGAGAAUGACAACUGUGUUCAAAUCAGCAGAUAAAGGGGCUGCAUUGAAAACCAAACUGGAAUUAUGGGGGCGAUGAGUGAACAUUGGGAUUUCUGACAUGUUUCAAACAUUAGCAGAGAUUUUGAAAGUGACUGAGCCAACGCCUUCUUUCUCCCAGCUGGUGCAUGAUCACCUAGCUCAGCUUUCAAAAGAGUUUGAGCUUUACUUGCCAACCACAAAAAAAUCCCUGAGCUGGGAAGGAAUGGAUCCACCACCCAUUUGUGAAUAAGCCAGAAGAAUCGACUUUGUCGAUACUAGAAGAGGAUCAACUGCUUGAGAUUGCAAGUGACGGCAGCCUUGUACGUUUGAGACAACUUCAAAUCUCCAUACAUUCUGGAUGGAAUAUCCUGAGAUUGCCACAAAAGCACUGAAAAGCCUGCUUCCAUUUCCAGCAUCCUAUAUUUGUGAAGCAGGGUUUUCUGCAGUGACAGCAACCAAAACUAGAUUAUGGAGUAAACUGGACAUAAGCAACACACUUCGGGUGUCACUGUCUCCCAUCACCCCCAGAUGGGAACCGGCUAGUUGCGGGAAAACAAGCUCAAGGCUUCCACUGAUUCUACGUUACGUGUCAAGCUGAGCUCCCAGACUCUGAUACAGGCUGGGGAUGUUGAGAAGAACCAGAGGACGAUCACUGUCAACCCUGCCCACAUGGGGAAAGCAUUCAAGGUUAUGAAUGAACUGCGGAGUAAACAGCUGUUGUGUGACGUGAUGAUUGUGGCAGAAGAUGUCGAGAUAGAAGCCCACCGUGUGGUCCUGGCAGCCUGCAGCCCCUACUUCUGUGCGAUGUUCACAGGUGACAUGUCUGAGAGUAAAGCCAAAAAGAUAGAAAUCAAGGACGUGGAUGGGCAGACGCUGAGUAAGCUGAUUGACUACAUCUAUACUGCUGAAAUCGAGGUGACUGAAGAGAAUGUCCAGGUGCUGCUCCCGGCAGCCAGCUUGCUGCAGCUCAUGGAUGUUCGGCAGAACUGCUGUGACUUCCUGCAGUCUCAGUUGCAUCCCACCAAUUGCCUGGGAAUCCGUGCGUUUGCAGAUGUACACACCUGCACUGACCUUCUGCAGCAGGCCAAUGCCUAUGCAGAGCAGCACUUUCCAGAGGUGAUGCUAGGAGAAGAAUUUCUUAGCCUGAGUCUGGACCAGGUGUGCAGCUUGAUAUCCAGUGACAAGCUGACCGUUUCUUCAGAAGAGAAGGUGUUUGAAGCUGUGAUCUCAUGGAUCAAUUAUGAGAAAGAAACCCGUUUAGAGCACAUGGCAAAGCUGAUGGAACAUGUCCGACUUCCUCUCUUACCUAGGGACUACCUAGUCCAAACGGUUGAAGAAGAAGCUUUGAUAAAGAAUAACAACACCUGUAAAGACUUCCUCAUUGAGGCCAUGAAAUACCAUCUCCUCCCUCUGGAUCAGAGGCUAUUGAUUAAGAACCCAAGGACCAAGCCCAGGACUCCAGUCAGCCUUCCCAAGGUCAUGAUUGUGGUUGGCGGCCAGGCACCCAAGGCAAUCCGCAGUGUGGAGUGCUAUGAUUUCGAGGAGGACCGGUGGGAUCAGAUUGCUGAGCUUCCUUCCAGAAGAUGCAGAGCAGGUGUGGUGUUCAUGGCUGGCCACGUGUAUGCCGUGGGAGGGUUUAAUGGCUCACUGCGGGUGCGGACAGUGGAUGUGUAUGACGGCGUGAAGGACCAGUGGACGUCCAUUGCCAGCAUGCAGGAGCGCCGGAGCACACUGGGCGCAGCAGUGCUCAAUGACUUGCUCUACGCAGUGGGAGGCUUUGAUGGCAGUACUGGCCUAGCAUCGGUGGAAGCCUACAGCUACAAGACCAACGAGUGGUUCUUUGUGGCCCCGAUGAACACGCGGCGGAGCAGUGUGGGUGUGGGCGUUGUGGAGGGGAAGCUAUAUGCUGUUGGGGGUUAUGAUGGAGCUUCCCGCCAGUGUCUGAGCACUGUGGAGCAGUACAACCCAGCGACCAAUGAAUGGAUAUACGUGGCGGACAUGAGCACCCGCCGCAGUGGCGCAGGGGUUGGAGUGCUUAGCGGACAGCUGUACGCCACAGGUGGGCAUGAUGGGCCUUUGGUGAGGAAGAGCGUUGAGGUUUACGAUCCUGGAACAAAUACCUGGAAGCAAGUGGCAGACAUGAACAUGUGCCGGCGCAACGCAGGGGUCUGUGCAGUAAAUGGGCUCCUGUAUGUGGUUGGAGGGGAUGAUGGAUCCUGCAACUUGGCUUCGGUGGAGUACUACAAUCCUGUCACUGACAAAUGGACGCUGCUUCCAACGAACAUGAGCACGGGGCGGAGCUAUGCAGGUGUUGCCGUGAUUCACAAGUCCUUGUGACCCAAACUCCCACUGCCAGGAGGUGGAGGAAGGAGCAGGUGCUGCCUGUGACUCUGAACAGCAGGACCUUGGUGACUGGAUUCAACUUGCUUGGGAGGGUCUGUGCUGCUGUGAGAACCGCUCUCCUCUGACUUGGCAGACUGGUGUUGUUCAUCGCAGUGUGGACACCAUUACCCACCCCGGUUCCCCUGAGGUGCUCUGGCCUAUGCCCUGAGCAAGGGGGGUCUUGACAUCCCCAGGCAGCACCUUUGGGCUUUGUUUUGGUGUUUCUACAGGGACAAUACAGACCCUGGAGUGUGUGUGUGUGUGUAGACCAUGGUGUUUCUCUAUGUUUCUCUAAGUUGGGGGGUGAGCGUGUGUGACAGUCUACUGGAUUUCUUUACUACUGAUCCUUUCGCUGUGUUAAAAAUCAAGUCACAGAGACCUCUCUUCUGGAUUUGUCCCAUGGGGACCCUGAGACUACUAAAGCUGCUUUCUUCUGAAGGUCCAGUUGGACAGUCUGGGAAUGUCCAGAAAUAACCAGUGAGAGGGGCAGUUCUCUGGCCACACCCACUUAUGUACUUUAACUACUGUGACUUUGUCUGCAGAAGAGCUGGAAAAUUCUCGAAGCUGCACCAUGUCCUCUGUGUGCUAGAAUAAGGGACAAAUGGGUUCCCUGUGCUUCUCAGCUCACUGUUUUUCCUUGAGUUCUCCUACAGGAAGCAGAUGAGAACUGCCCAGUCUUCAGGUUUAGGCCAUUGGUCUUUGAUGUCAUAGAUUCCAGGCCUGGGAGAUGUUAUGUCUCUUCAGCUGGGAAAACUAGCUCUUCAGAGAAGCCUCGGGUAACACUGAAAAACAAAACAAAACAAAACAAAAACAGGAAAAAAACAAAAAACCAAAGUGGUAAGGAUUCAGUUCCUGCCUAUAAUGGUCUCAGAGAGGGUCCUACUUUUAGGUUUUCCCAGGACAGGACAGUCCCCGUUUAUACUUAUUAUCCCGGUUUAAUUAUUCACAGCACCCCAUUUUACUCAGAAGUGUUCUGGUCUGGAGGAUAAAUAAGAGGUCACCCUCCUCCAGACCCAAAGAUAGAUUUGUGCCUGUGUUGGAUGGGGGUCGUGUGUGAUUCAGAUGGACAUUGGAUGGCUUCAAAGGAAUAUACCACUAGAGCUGGCCCUUGGCACUUUGUGACAGUGGUCAAGUCUGUCUAAUGUCCUUGUCUUCUUUUUCUUGUGCUUUCCCCCUAUUCCAGGGUGUGCACCCUCUCCCCAACCCCCAAGAACCCCACUACUGCUUUCCCUGUGAGGUAGGAGAUAACAGUGGGCCCUGGAUUUGAGGCCUCCUAAGAUGUGCUUGCAUUUUAAAAAGGGAGCUUGGUGAGAGCUUUGCUAAUUCACAGGUAAAAAUUAUUAACGAUAGAACUUCAAGCAUCUUGAGGAGCGGGCAUUUGAGGGGGCAUGGAGUAAUUUGUAUUUAAAAAACCUUAAAGUUGUGCUGUUCCUAAACUAGCAAAUUGCUCAUGCUGAAAUUCCUGGCAUAAGCAGGGGAAGUCUUGUGUCUGGAGAAUAGUCUCAUACCUUGCAGUCUGGGACACCCUCCCUACUUUGAGAAUCCACCUACAGGAAGCCAAGGAACUUUAUAAGUCCUGAUGUUGGACUUCUGAUACGACUGGGCUACUUCCAAGCAGGUGCUGCAGGAGAUUGGCAUCCCCCAGCCCCUGCAGUUAGAAACCCCGAAGUCUUCCCAGCCAGUGAGCCACUUUGUGUAUUUACUGUAUAUGUAUUGUGCCCUAAAUGUGCAACUCUCCUAAAGACAAAACUUCUCUUUCUGAUGUUAAGCACAUGUUACUUCAACAAGAUGCUUGGAGAACAACAAGGUACCCAGAAUUUUUAGAAGCCUUCAGAAGAGGCUAAAAUAUCCAGCUUUGGGGGACCUGGAAGAAAUGUCUCCAAAGGAAGCAAGGCAUGUUUUAGUUGAGUGCUCUGGUCUCACUAUGAAGUGGGGAUGACUGUGGCUUCAUAACUCUACCUGGCUGUGGGUUGGAAGCUGAUGGAAUGAGAAAUGUCCUUUCUCCUUCUCUGAGGAAAUUUUGAGACUUGUUUCGGUGUGUCUGUGUGAUGGGGAUGAGGCUGGGGUUGGGAUCUGAUGUAUGCCAUUCACAGAAGCUCUCAAUUUCAGAUGAUAGGUGAAUUCCCUGCCCCUCCCCCACCACUGAGAAGCUAGACUUUCAUGCGGGAGAGGCUACUUUUAUGUGUCGUCUUCCAGGGAAGGGUCCCUCCACUGAAAGCUAGCCAGUCAUGUUUUCUGUUUUUGGAUUUUUGCAAUUGGUUUCACCUCAUGUCUCCCUCCCUACAAAGCACUGCCUCUACUGGGCGUGCUGCCAAGGCCAUGUGCACUCCAUCCUCAUGUGUCCUUUUUCACGGGGACCAGAACACUGGUACGUCAUCACCAAAGCCAAUCUGCUCUAGCUGCCCACAGAUGCCACCAAAACCUGCUAUCUCUUCAUCACCAGGUACGAUUCUCUUUCCACAGUGGACACAGCAGGCUAUUUUCUAGUUUGUGCUGGUCACGUGGUAGAUGAAGCCUCUUACUGCCCCACUUAGGGUGGCCACGGCUGCUUGUGAAUGCAGCUUUGCCAGUGGCAUAUCUGUCAUCUGAUUGCGGUGGUGAAAUGGAAUUGAGGCCCAAGGUUAGAAGCAGCCGAGACGCCACUUGGAUACUGAUUUGAACAAUGUAGAAGUCAGAUUCUGAAUUCCAAAGUUAUUUCUCAUAAGUACCCAAUGGCAUCUCUCCAUCUACAAAGUUGCAGUAUUAUGCAAAUAAAACUGACCUCAUUUUCUGCUAUGCAAUAAGAAUACUUCAUUCUAGUUCCUGACAAGCCAGUUGCAAUAUCCCCUAAGAUGCUUUUUGAGCUGUCUUACUUUGAUAUCUGUUGUGUAAUGUUUGUAUAUUUCUGAGCCAGAUCCUUUCAAAGAUUGCCUUUUUAUAAAAUUGAAGCUAUAGCUUUUAGGCUAAAAUUUUAACGUAGAUAUUUUUAUAAGAUAUUUUUUUCAAGAGUUUGAAUCGCUUUUUAUUGUCCAUGAUAAUGAAAUGUUGUGUUCUUUGCAUCAUUCACUCUCAAACAUAGUUCAUGCCUGUAGCUCUCUUCCUUUUGUUUCUCACCCUUCAGAAACAUAUUUUUCAGUAGCUCCAGGUAGAUGAGCCUUUUUUUUUUUUUUUUAAAAUACCAUAUUCAAGGGAGUCUGCUGAAUUUUAAAACACAGUCACUGGUGUUUCUUGAAUUGCUAGGGACUGAUGUUAUGUUUGACUCAGCACUUGCCCGUCUGUAUUGAUUGUGUCUUUUUUUUUUUUUUGGAGUCUGCUUUCUGUGGGGGUGAGGCCGGGCUGUCUCGUGGUGGCUCCCACUGACGGGCACUGAGCCUGGCACCCUGUGGCAUGGAGAAGCCUCAGGGAAAGGCUUGCCCCCCCAGCACAUACUCCCAUAGUGUCCUAGGUCCAGCCGACCAUUCCUUAUUCUCUUCUAUCUCCUUGUUCAUCUGAAGCUUCCAAUAGCUUGAGGCCUUUGCUGCUGGAUGAUGCCCUUUUUGGGAGCAUCUUGUCUCUAACCUUUAAAAGAGGGGUCAAUCCUCAUGAUCCCUGUGUGUUAAGCAUAUGCUUUGCAGGUGCUCACACUACACUUACAACUUGCUUCUUGAGCUAUGUCUCUACUCCAGGCUCUGUUUUGUGUAUUUAUCUGCCAUUUGCAUCAUGGUUUUUAAAAUUUAUUAUUAUUAUUAUUAUUGUUGGGACAGGUGCCAUUUAAAUUGCCUCCAUGCUCCCCAUUUGCACCUAGCUGGAUCAAGUUGGGAGGCUGAGCAAACUCAUAUUCCAGUUAGUUGGAGUUUUUAAAGGCUCUGUUUGCCUGGAGAAGCAAGGAGGUUAGAAUGUAAUUUUUUUAAGCGUUUGCACUAUUUAGAGUCCUAAGCCCCUCAUGUUCAGCUGUGCUGUGUUUCUACUGACCAAGCAGGAGAGCCAGCAGCACUUCCAGCAUUUGGGAAUGGAAGAGAUUUCUUCUGUAGUGGAUAAUUACAGCCUCAUAGCCCCUGUGCAGCCUUCAUCAUGGGAGUCAGUGACUCAUGGAUAUAGCAUCAGCCAUGGCAGGAAUGCACAGGACUGUGGCAUUUGCAGCAUCAAAUCACCCUAGUGCCAUGUUUGGUUAUGAGAUUGUAAAUUAUUCGCUCCCCCGUCCUCCCCUCCCCUCAUUUUCAGUGGCAAUAGAGGACCCUUGUUGUACUUCUUGUUUAAUUUGCAUAUUAUGUGUAAAAUGCUUUCGUUGAAAGAAAACUGAAGACACUGAAUGUGUAUGUCUGUGUGGGUGCUCUGUCCCUGUGGUUGUCAUAGCCAGUCAGACUUGAUCACUGACACCCCGUACAACAUAUUGCAUAGGUAAGAUCCUCGAUCUGGUGUUCUCUGUGUGGCUGUUAGGGACUGUAUAUCUUGUAAAAGAACACUUGUCACAUGCUUGAUCAGUUACAGCAAUAGCUGAAGAAACAUUUCCUCAAAUGUAUUAUUUUAACAGGAAUCAUGUUCUAAUUUCCCAUCCUUUAAUUUUAAUAAAAGCUGAACUGUGUGAA